AUGGCGGCCGUGCCAGACGAUAUUCUCAUAGCCAUAGCCACACAGCUGAAGCGUAAUGACUCCGGCACCAGCCAUCUUUUUGCCUUCAUCCAAGUGUCUCGAAGAUGGCACAUGUUAGGCCUCCCACUCCUCUACGGCAACAUCAGCGUCACGACAAGAGGUCUCGAGCGGUUCGCGAAUAUCUUCCUCCCCAAAUAUGGGAAACUCGUGCGCUCUCUAUCCUUGCGGGUCGGCGCCAUAAGAUCACACGUGGAUAUGGAUCCUUACCUCCCCAGUAACGACCGGGAUCCAUGGAACCUAGAAGGAGACCUCAGCGACGGGAACUUGACUAUGGAAGCAGGAGCCUUGAACGCCGACGAGAACCACGCGAGGAGCGAGGGGGAAGAAUGGCCGUUUGACGAAAAUCAAGAGCGUCGAGUCACAAACUCCGUCCUACUAUUCGCACGCUUCAUUCCAAUAUUGACCAGUUUGCAAAAUCUCGCUUCUUUUUCGCUGGUCGUAGAAACGCGCGCAUCAUGGUGCUUAGUCCCGCGAGCCACGAUAGCUGGACUGAUUGAUGCCUUGCCUACGAGUUGCACGAAUUUAGAGCUGGACACGAAUGGCAACGAUAAGCACCACGACAAUGAUCACACUCAUAUAUGCGACUCUAUUCGCCGUAUCCUGCCACGCAUGCAGAAUGUACGCGUGCGAUUAGGAGCCAUGUGUUCAGCUAUAUUUGAGCGUAGGCAAUCUCCAAAUGUCGAUACUAGAUCGAGUGGGCUUUCAGAUAUGUUACCAACUUUCGAGCCGAUUCUGUCGCCGAACCUUCAGUCCUUAGUGGUCAACUGCGGAAUCACGGCUUGCGGCGAGCUGUUACCGCAAUGCGGGUAUGAAGAUCACCUAAAAUGGGAUAUAAGUGCUGAAGCCUGGUGUGCUAUGAUCUCCUGUCUCAUGGACGUCGUCACGCAACCUCAUGCAACAAACCUUAGAAAAACCAAAAUACUUGUUCUAUCACCGACCUGGGGAAAAGAUUCCAACUUAUCAUUAGACACACAGCUCUGCACAGAUAUGGUGAACAAGGUAACGUGGGCCUUUCCCUGUAUACCUGAAGGCCGCUGGUCUUCGGUUUCGGGAUGUUUCCUCGUCCGAUCGCCCGAUGGCUCUGAGCAGGUCAUAAAAGAUAUAGAAGAUAUGGAUGACAUUGCUGAAGGGCACGUUUGGGCAGACGUCGUCGGUGGUGCAAGAUUGCCUGCCGACGCGCUACAGGCGGAAAGGAGAGGCUUUCCUUCAUUCGCGACAGGCUGUGUUGAGAGACCGGUUGCCGAUCUGAUGGAUCAGUGGCUGGAGGUGUAUCCUGGGGUGCCCAAGUCGAGAACGUUUCGCAACGAGCAGAAGACGGGCACGAAGCUGGUUUUGGCGGAGAAGAGGACUGGGAGCGACUUCUUGGCUUUGCGACCUAUCAAGGAGAUUACUCCAAACGGUUGGGUACGCACCGGUCCAGAUUUAGACUUGGAGCGAGCAUGA